AUGACAACAUCCUGGCUGUUGGAGAGACAAGGAAAGGAGAGAGGGGUCGUGGAGGGAACUGUCACUGCUCCUCAGAUUGUCAGCGGCUGCUAUGCGGCAGGUGCAGCCUGCUCUGCCACUAGGUCUGUACUCCACAAAGGCAACGACCGGCCAAGGCAGUGGCUGGCCCUGGAUUACACAAGUGCAGACACUCAACUAAGUGAGCUGGAAGACCAGGAGGAAGGCCAAGGCUCAGGUGCCCACAUGAUCAGCACAGCCAGGGUACCUGCAGAUAAGCCAGUACGCAUUGCCUUCAGCCUUGAUAAUGCCUCAGAUGAUACACCUCCUGAAGACGCCAUUCCUCUGGUCUUUCCAGAAUUAGACCAGCAGCUACAGCCUCUGCCGCCUUGUCAUGACUCCAUGGAAUCCAUGCAGGUGUUCAAACAGCACUGCCAGAUAGCAGAAGAAUACCGUGAAGUUAAAAAGGAAAUCGCCCUGCUUGAGGAAAGAAAAAAGGAGCUCAUUGCCAAGCUGGAUCAGGCAGAAAAGGAGAAGCUGGAUGCCGCUCAGCUGGCUCGGGAAUUUGAGGCACUGACGGAGGAGAAUCGGACAUUGAAGCUGGCCCAGUCCCAAUGUAUAGAACAACUGGAGAAACUUAGAAUACAGUAUCAGAAGAGACAGGGCUCGUCCUAACUUGAAAUUAUUCAAUGUGAGCAUAAGAGGUUGGUGGCU